AGGGGCCGGGCCGCCCAGUGCGCGGGGAAUGGGAGCUCGGUAGCCCGGUGGUGCGAGGACCCCCGCGGCGGGCAGGACCCGCCGAACGAAGACCACCAAGCCCAGGGAGAACCGGAGACAGCGAACCGCCCGCCCCCGGCCGCAGCCCCGCCAGGGCCCUCCCCCGGCGGCGCGCACCCGCGCGCGCACACACUUGCACACCUUUCCUCCGCUCCUGCCCAGCCUUGCUUGGCCCCCGCCGGAGCACCCCCGGGGGGCCGAUGCCAUGGGUAACAACUUCUCCAGUGUUUCCUCUCUGCAACGAGGAAAUCCAAGCCGUGCGUCGCGGGGCCAGACCCAGAACCUCAAAGACUCCAUCGGGGGCUCUUUCCCGGUCCCCUCUCACCGAUGCCAUCACAAGCAGAAGCACUGCCCGCCUGCGUUGUCAGGUGGGGGGCUCCCGGCUACACCGCUGCUCUUCCACCCCCACACUAAGGGCUCCCAGAUCCUCAUGGACCUCAGCCACAAGGCCGUCAAGAGGCAGGCCAGCUUCUGCAAUGCCAUCACCUUCAGUAACCGCCCGGUGCUCAUCUACGAGCAAGUCAGGCUGAAGAUCACCAAGAAGCAGUGCUGUUGGAGUGGGGCCCUGCGACUUGGCUUCACCAGCAAGGACCCUUCCCGCAUCCACCCCGACUCGCUGCCCAAGUACGCCUGCCCUGACCUGGUGUCUCAGAGUGGCUUCUGGGCCAAAGCAUUGCCCGAGGAGUUCGCCAAUGAGGGCAACAUCAUUGCCUUCUGGGUGGACAAGAAGGGCCGUGUCUUCUACCGCAUCAACGACUCAGCUGCCAUGCUUUUCUUCAAUGGGGUCCGAACAGCGGACCCACUCUGGGCCCUGGUGGAUGUCUACGGCCUCACGCGGGGUGUCCAGCUGCUAGACAGCGAGCUGGUGCUGCCCGACUGCCUGCGGCCGCGCUCCUUCACCGCGCUGCGGCGGCCGUCGCUGCGGUGCGAGGCGGACGAGGCGCGUCUGUCCGUGAGCCUGUGCGACCUCAACGUGCCCGGAGCCGACGGCGACGAUGGCGCACCGCCCGCUGGCUGCCCGAUCCCGCAGAACUCGCUCAACUCGCAGCACAGCCGCGCGCUGCCGCCGCAGCUCGACGGCGACCUGCGUUUCCACGCGCUGCGCGCCGGCGCGCACGUCCGCAUCCUGGACGAGCAGACCGUGGCGCGCUUGGAGCAUGGGCGCGACGAGCGCGCGCUCGUCUUCACCAGCCGGCCGGUACGCGUGGCAGAGACCAUCUUCAUCAAGGUUACGCGCUCGGGCGGGGCGCGCGCGGGCGCGCUGUCCUUCGGGGUCACCACGUGUGACCCUGGCACGCUGCGGCCGGCCGACCUGCCCUUCAGUCCGGAGGCUUUAGUGGACCGCAAGGAGUUCUGGGCGGUGUGCCGUGUACCUGGGCCUCUGCACAGCGGCGACAUCCUGGGCCUGGUGGUCAAUGCGGACGGAGAGCUGCACCUAAGUCACAACGGCGCACCGGCCGGCAUGCAGCUGUGCGUGGACGCCUCGCAGCCCCUCUGGAUGCUCUUCAGCCUGCACGGCGCCGUCACGCAGGUCCGCAUCCUCGGCUCCACCAUCAUGGCUGACCGGUGUGGCCCGUCUCUCCCCUGCUCACCUGCCUCCACUCCGACCUCACCCACUGCCCUGGGGAGCCGCCUUUCUGACCCCCUGCUCAGCACCUGCAGUUCUGGGCCUCUGGCUGGCUCUGCUGGCGGGACAGCCCCCAACUCACCAGUGAGCCUGCCUGAGUCACCAGUGACCCCAGGUAUGGGCCAGUGGAGCGAUGAGUGCACCAUUUGCUAUGAGCACGCAGUGGACACAGUCAUCUACACGUGUGGCCACAUGUGCCUCUGCUACUCCUGUGGCCUGCGCCUCAAGAAGGCCCUGCACGCCUGCUGCCCCAUCUGCCGUCGCCCCAUCAAGGACAUUAUCAAGACCUACCGCAGCUCCUAGCCCACCACAGAGCCCCACCUGCACGCCCACGUGUGCAGACUUCAGCCCAACACCAGCUGAGAGCGAAGCCAACAGGGUCCCUCCCUUCUACACGUUGCAGACUUUUCCCCCCUUUUCCAUUAAACAUGGGAAACCAAGGUCCCUGAAGGUUUGGGCUGAGAGGGUCUGAGGUAGGGAGGUAGGGCACAGGUAGUACAGAAUGAAUGGAGCAGAGGCGAGGCGGCUACCCCACACCCUCCCUCCUCUUUAUCCAGAUUUCUGUAAGCUGAGGGGCUGAAGUAGUCUCAGCUUGUUGCCAUGCCUCAUGAUCUGGGCAGAUUGCUAGGCUCCGUAGCCUGUGUGGCACCUUGGAGGGAGUUCGUGAACAGGUAGCUAGCUUCCCCUGGGCAGCUGGGGAGGAGGCCAUUGGACUCCUCCCACCCUAAGCAGCUGCAAACUGCAUGCCGUGUCUCUUUCUCCUUACCCAGCGCGGGUAAACAGACAGGCUGCAGAUUCCAGGGCCU